GGCUGCAGAGAUUGGUCAUUGGAAUACAAAAAGACCUGUGCAAAGAACCUGCAUUGUCCUGAUCGCUCAAACCAAAACACUUUGGAUCCAAUCCUCCAACAUUUACCUGCAAAAUACAUUGGUCAUGGCAUACGGCUCUGGGUACCUCCGCUGCUCGUCUGACCAGAGACUUUAACGGAGGAUGGGACGUUGUUGCUGUAGGGUGAGGGGUUGUGAUGGACUUCUGCGGGGGAUGGGCAUUGACUACAUAAGCUCGGAUGUGGCUUUGUUCACUGGCAAAUGUGGCUGUUCUUACCCGGAAUGUGACACGCUAAUUCACCGGCGACCGCCAGCUGCGAGUCAUGCGCGAAUUGCCCCGCCUAAACCCGCCGUCGAUUUGAACUGCGAAACAACCCAACUCAACGACACCACUCCCAAACACACCUCCAACCGCAUCGCAUGUACAAAUAUCCCCACCUUAACCGUCAUCCCGUUUCUCCUACAAGAUGAGCUCUGUCGUCAACAAAUCAAAAAAUAAGUUUGCGCCCAAGGCCAAAGUGCGCAUCCGUGCCGUAGCCUCCAACACAUCGUCUGCAGCCGAAUCCACUCCCUCGGUCUCGUCCACCCCCGCGCCCGCGCCCACACCCACGCCGACUCCCGCGCCCGUGUCCAAGCCGCUACAGGUCACGGUAGAUGUUCUUCUACCAGCUCCUCCUGCUCCCGAAGCUAGCGAAUUCCCUCCAACGCCCAUAUCACAACCCUCUCCCUACGACUACGAUGGUGUUUCAACACCUUCCGAACCUCGAAACUUGGGGAUUCCGAUGCUAGAGGGCGAGACUAUUGUCGUCCGACAGUCUGUGCCGCCGCAACCGGUAGAUGAGACUGAGGCGCCAGUGCGACAGUCCACAGAGAACGAUCGCGGCGUAUUGGUGAAUGGGGGGAUUCCGCAGCUGAAAGACGAUGGUAUUGAUUGGACGGGCGCGACACAGGUUGGGCAGGCAGUGGAGAAGGCAAAGACCACAACCAAAGAAAAUCCAAAGCCCAAGGAAACGCAGAAAGAAACCGAGGACGUGGCUAUAGACUUGAGUGAUUCUAUGGAGGAGACAGAGGGAGAGGCCACCGAGACGGUUGCCAAGAAACUCUGUACUCGGAAGGCUCCAACUGUGUCGCGAAAGCGGAAGGUUGCUGCAUCUCCGGCAACCCCGGUUAUAGAUGCGGGUGCAUCACCGGAGGGUAGCCGCCGGCCUAUCCGUGCAAAGGCACAUAAUCCCCAGGCACAAGAUGCGGAGCUGGACGACGACGAGGACGAGGAUGAUCCUAUGGACGACAUCAUGGCGAGAGCGUUUGAGCCAGAGGACGAAUCCGAGGGAGAUGAAUACGUGGCGGAGGAGGGGAAUGAGCGGCAGCCGAAAAAGAACAAACCAGCGGCAAAGAAGACAAAAGCAAAGGCGAAGGCGAAGGAGCCGAAGGAGAAGGCUCCCCGCAAACCCCGCGCACCUAGGAAACCGAAAGAGCCGGGUGAACGUAGGACGCGUCGUGCGAAAACACCCGAGGAUGCAGAAGAGCGAACGAUUGAGGAGGGUGUAGUCAAAAUGAAGGACCUUUGCUCGGACUUGAAAAUGGGCAGGAAGUCGAAACGACUCAAGGAGCUCGAGGCCACAGACUGGACUGAAGUUGCCCGGAAGCAAGUCGCACUUCGAACCCAGAUUGCGGAACAGAGUGCAAGGGGAGAGAUAGUUGCCGAGACUGAUGAACAGAGACUGGAGAGAUUGGCGCAGGCGAAUCAGGCUCGCCAGAGCUCGCGGCCUGUGGCAGCACCUCAGAUGCGUGUGGUCGAUGGUCAGCUAGUACUCGACGAGGAGUCGCUUCACGUCAACCGCCACCAGCGCGAUGCCCUCGAGAUUGACGAGAUGGAGAUUGUCGAGGAAAACGUCCAUACCCGCAUCGUCAACUCGUCCACCUGGAGCAAGCGUGAAAAGGGAGACAGAUGGGAGGAAGACUCCACCGAACGGUUCUACGAGGCGCUGUCCAUGUUUGGCACCGACUUCGAGAUGAUCUCCAAACUCUUUCCUGGCCGUAGCAGGCGAAUGAUCAAGAACAAAUUCAACUGCGAAGAGCGCAAAAAUCCUGGCAGAAUCACGUUGGCUUUUAAGACCCGUGUUACUGUUAACAUGGACGAAUAUGCCGAGCUUGCCGGACAGAAAUUCCCCGACCCUCACCAGCUGGAGGAAGAACUGCAACGACUGCGUGACGACCACGAGGCCGAAGCGGAUGCCCAGAAGGAGCAGGCUGUUGCUAUGGAACGCGAGCGGCAGGAUAUGGCGAACAAGGCAAUGCGAGAUGCAGAGGGCGGAAUUGGCGUUGUCCAAGAGCAGACUGGACGGAAGAGGAAGAAGAAGAGCUAUGAUGCUUCGAAGCAAGGAGAGGUGGUCCUUGGCUUGAGUCUCGAAGAGUAUGAGCGGGAGCGUCUGCUGUAUGCGGAUGGCGAUUGAUGUCAUUUCCUCAGCUUUCUUCUGUUGAUUUGUACCUUUUACAGUGUCCAAUUGUUUCUUUCUUACUUUGGAGUUGGCUGCAUCUGUUUUCUUGGGCUAUUUGUGCUAUGGGGAAACACCAUCUGUAUUUUUACUGGAGUCGGCUGGGAAAAAGCAAUUGAAGCGAUGAAUUUACACAUGAUUGAUU